CGGUAAUUUUCCUUUCUGUCUUCCUUCUUUCUCUGCAAUCUUUUAUCUUGCUCUUUGUUAUUCUGAAAAACUUUCGUACUUUCCUCUAUGUUCCAUGGAAAAAAAGUAGAUUCUUUUUUCUGCCCAAUUUCGGAGACGCACAUUUCAGUCCAAUUCCUCGUAGAUUUGCUCCUACGAACAAAAAGAUGCCAUGGAGUAAAAUUGUAUGAUACAAAUGGAAGCUAGCAUCAGUGGAAGCUCUUCUCCAACCCAUCCUAAAUGGAGAAAAGUUGUUUAUGGUGGGAUGCAACCUGGCUUUGGUGACAAUCACACAGAUGAAUCCUUCCUGGAGGAAAUGAUCAUGAAUGCUAAUGUUGUCAAAAGAGACUUAUUGAAGGUGGUGCUUGACGCAGUUUCUAUCUCACAAUAUCUUUGCAUUGUCGCCCUUGUGGUUUUGGUUUGGACCUACACCCUCACAAAUACCUUGACAGAAAAAUAUCUUUUGCUACUGAAUGUUAGCCUACUUGGAUCGGGAUUCUUUAUUCUGCUUUUAACUGCAGACAUGAUACCCUUCAAUCUCCUCCUCAAUUAUCUCCUAAAGAAUACCUUCUUCAUAACUGCCUUAUAUAUGUUGUCUCCUAUCUACCACACACUUACUAGGUCCAUAAGCUCGAAUUCUAUAUGGGCACUAACAGCUUCCCUUCUCAUACUCCAUCUCUUCCUGCACAAUUACUCAGGGUCCACUGUAAAGGCUCCUGGAGCUUUAGAUAAUCCAACCCUGACAAGCAAUAUCUCUCUGAAUGCUUCGAUCGUGGCUUCACUUCUGAUUUCUUCUCGCCUUCCAUCAAGGCUUCAUGUCUUUGCUAUCGUGCUAUUCUCCUUGCAAGUUUUCCUCUUUGCUCCUUUAGUCACAUAUUGUGUGAAGAAGCGUUCUUUCAAGUUACAUAUUUGUUUCUCCCUUCAGUUAUUGGUUCUGACACUAGUCUUCACUUACCAGUUGCAUAAGCUGCUUUUCAUUGUGCUUUUGGGCAUCUUUGUCUUUGUUAAUUUGGUUUGUCCUUACUGGCUGAUAAGGAUUCAAGAGUACAAGUUUGAGAUUAAUGGCCCUUGGGAUGAGGCUAAGCUCUGUUUUAACAUUACAGAAUGAGCAGAUUUGUGGAUGGAUGAAUGUGAUUCAUGAAGAGCAACAUUUGAGUUACACAAUCAAUUUUGACCACUCCUUGUAUUCUUAGUGCCCAGCUAAAGCAAUACUGAUUUGCUUUCUGAAGAAGAGGGACUGUAUCUAUAUUAGGAAAUCCAUUACACAUGUAUAAAUAUACUUAAUUGUGAACUGAGUAAUUAAAAUGAGGUUCGGUGACAAAUUCAGAACUCAUGAACUUUGAAUUCUGACUGUCCGUUUAAUUUAUUCUUUCCUUGUAGCAGAUUUGACACAAUAAUAGUAAACACUAUCACUAGAUACCCUUUUUAUCAUUC